CUCUGGUGCAUGUGACGGCGGCGACGCUGGAUCGGGGCAGCGGGGAAGGCACGAAGUCCUUUAUAUCUGUCGGCCAACUCAUUUUCUCACACCAAGGCUUCGGUGCAGGUCACUGCUUCGGGUGGGAGUGUUUCUGGCUUUCUGCAAGAGGCUUACACAGAAGAUGGAGUUUUGUCCGACUUGUGGCACCCUGUUGCAAUACGAAUUGCCCUAUAUGGGUCGCCCUUCAAGAUUCUUUUGUCCUACUUGCCCAUAUGUUUGCUACAUGGAGAAUAAGGUAAAGAUAAAGAGAAAGCAGCGUUUAGUCAGAAAAGAAAUAGAACCUGUUAUCUCCCAAGAUGACAUGAAGAAUGCACCCACAGCUGAAGUCCCAUGUCCAAAGUGCAAUCAUGACAAAGCUGCUUACACAGAAUUUCAGACUCGAUCAGCUGAUGAGCCAGCAACCAUAUUCUACAUGUGUUUGAAUGGGAAGUGCAGAAACCAAUGGCGUGAUGGCUGAUUCUUACCAUUCUUACUCAUCGAUGAGAAUUUUUACUAUUCUUUUGUUUUUCUAUCCUAUGUUGCACAUUUGAAUAUUCAUUCCUUGCGAUUAGUAUAAUCUAUUCCUUAGACAUACGAGCCUUUCUUGACCUGUAUUAUUCUCAGCAGUUUCUCAGUUGCAGCAUAUGUAGAAAUCAUAAACCUCACAGACAAGGACAUCGAUGGGAUUGAUUCGAUUCGGCCAUGGACAAAACCAAAUCGAAUUAUUAAAUUGGUUUUGCAAAAAGAAAGACUUGUUCAUUUUGGCUAAAUGAAUUUUGGAUGGUUUGGUUGGAUUUAGUUUACUUUAUGCUUUUCUAAUGUGAAAAAGAGAGGAAGUUAAUUUU